AUGCCCCCACUUAUUUCGCAGAGUAGAAAGGAUAGUGUUGGACAUGUUCCGUCUAAUACCCUUGGCGAAAUAUCUGCCAAGGUGAAUGCACGUCCAACAUUUGGGAAUAAAUGCAAUGUGGAAUAUACCCCAACUCCUAUACCAAAGAAGAGGCCAUCUUCACUCAUGGAUGCUUUGCAAGAGUUGAGUGGAGAAUCUGUUGUUCCAAGUCUCCUAAAGAAGCACAAAAUUGGAGUGAAAAUACCCAAAGUUGCCCGUCCCAACCCUCCUCUGCCGUUAGGUGUCCGAAAAGAAUGUGAGAUUCCGAGGAAUAAUCAUAAGAGCAUAUCCAAUAACGAUUCUUCUCUUCCAACUGGAAGUAACCCUGGUGCUGCCGCAUCAAGAAAAUCUUUUUGUUCUAAAGUGCCUAGUCAUUCCUCUAUUUCAACUCCACGAUCUACUUCCAAGGUAAAACCUUCCGUUCAAAAAGCGAAGGAUAGUUGCAUAACCAGAAUUGCUCCCAAACGCACAUCUCAAAUUUCUUCCUCUUCAAUUGUAAAUACGAAUCCCUCUAUCCGUCCAAAUCUCUCCACUGCAAAUCAUUCACUCGUUCUUCCUUCUACGCCAGUAAACGGCGCUUCGUUGCAUUCCAAACGUACUGGUGUGUCUCCAGUACAAAACACAUCAGCUAACCUACCUAAAUCUGUUCAACUGAGUUCUGCCCCUUCUAAGUCCCGCCUAUCUGAAGCAAAAUUGGUCCGACCACCAGCUCAACUCGCCUUGCAAUCUCCAUCAUCCGCUUUUGCGAGCAAGCCUCGCUCUUUAGGUAUCGCUGCACAGAUAGGCAUAUCGCGAUCUAGAAUCGAAUCAAAUCUUCCUUCCCAAUCGUCUGUUAGGAAGACUUUGCCUCUUAAUGCUGUGAAUUCUGUCUCUAAGGCAAUUUCUCCUUCUAAUGGUAAACCAUCCAUCCAUUCGGCAGGAUUGCCUACUAAUGGACAAAGGAAACUAUUCGGCCAACAGCCUAGUCUUCAACGUCAGAUUACGAUGGAAAGGCCUCAGGUUGUCACGCCUACAGUGCGGGGCAUUGCAGCACAAUAUGGCUCGCUGCCUGUAGUCGUUGGCGAACGAUCUUCGGACGCCUAUUUAGAUGACGAGAGCGACGAGUAUGCUAGCGAUGACAGUUUCAUCGAUGACACAGACUGCACUUCUGCCAAGGACUAUUUAAGGGCGGUGAAGGACAUCCACAAAUCACUUCACUUUGAUCCCAAUAAAUACGCGAAGAUUAGCAAGUACGAUGAUCUCGCCUCUAUGGAGUCGUCUUAUCGACAGAUUGAGAAAGAGGAGAAAUUGAGUAUGAGACUCGGCGCUCGAGAAGACCAAGAGGAUAUGGCUAUGGAGGCAGAGCGCAGACGUCGACGGUUGGCCAAGGGAUGA